GCCGUCGUCAGCGUCGGUCGCCGGGCUCGUUCGGAGCACAACAAUGCCGCGGAUCAGUCGCUGUCAUGCCUGAGGAAGUGCAUGAUGGACUCGAUCGACAGGUCGAGCAUCGCGAGCCGCUCGAGCAUGAGUCGGCCCCAGACUCGCUGGCGUCGCGGCGGCGCCGAGCAUCAGCAGUCCGAGCUGGAUCAGCCGCCACCGCGUCCGGGCACGGCCAAGACGACGGUGUCCAGUAGUGGGGCCGAUCGUCCGAGCUCGAGGCGAGGCAUCAAGUCGCUCGCGCACGACGUCUCGAGCAUGAGCAGCAGCGGCGCCAGCAGCAGCAACGGCACCACCGGCGGCAUGCAGCGGCCACCGACCAGCAGCGGCAGGAUGACUGCUGGCGGCCUGUCGAGGCCGCCCUCCGCCGCGCGCACCUCGACGGCCAUGAUGAACAAUCUGCCGAUCAGCGCCGCGAGCCUGUCGCGCCACCAGCUGCACUCGAUGCUCGAUCGGCCCGUCACGCAGCAGGGCCUGGCCGGCGUUCGCCGCUCGGCCUCGUCCCGGGGCGUUCCUCGAUUGGCUCGACAAAUGCAAGACAAAAAGUACUACGAGCAGCUGCUGCAGAGCAAGAUCCGCGAGCUCGAGCAGCAGAUGGCCUCGAUUCGACGGGACAUGGAGGCGGCGAGUGGCGGCGGUGCGUCGACUAGUCAGGGCCAGAGUACGCGAGGUCUGCUGGCCACGCGACUUCAAGAGCUGCAAGCCCAGCUGGACGAGUACAACGCGGUGCUGGACAAAAUGAACAGCGGCUGGUAUCGCGAAAAUGCCCAGGCCGACCUCUACUCCGAGAAUCCGGCCGGCAACAACGGCAGCUAUGACUCGGCUCGCCACGAGGGUGGUGGCGCGUCCUCGCAGGAGCUCGACAUCAUCCAACUGUUCCAGAAGCGCCAGAGGCUCGACAGCGCUUACAACAAGAUCCAGUGGAAUCUCAACGCCAAUCGCAAGCUCGCCAAGAAGAUCGUCGAGUCCAUGGACGCGGACACGCGCAAACGAUCCAAACUGCCCAGUCACAUCCCGCUGUCUCCUAUGAAACUGGAGGCCUGCCGACUCUAUCAGAAGAUCUUCGAGGACGACGGCAAGGACAAACUGGACCUGGCGGCGACUCGCAAGCAGAUCGCCGAGCUGGAAAAGAGGACGGCCGAGGCGCAGGAGGAACUGGAGCAGCUGGAGCAGUGCAUCGAGGAGGCCCAGGCCGAGGGCAAUUUCAAGUUUCACGACAACGAGGGCCGCUCGGCCAGUGGCGGCGAUCGCGUCUACAGCUCGAAGCUGCAGAAGAGCCGCGCCGAGGAGCUGCAGAGACUCGGCCAGCUGGAGGACGAGAUCGUGGAGCGGCUCGAGCGCGCGACGAGCAGCGUCAACGCCAACUUCGACAGCAACUUGCUGAGCAACGACGAGCUCGAGCUGCUGCAGACGCUCAUGGACAUGAACUCGGAGAACAGCCAGGACAAGACGAUCGACGAGUUGAGGCAGGACAACGCGAAACUCGCGGCGCUUUCGGCUAGACUGGCCGAGCUCGAGGCCAAGAUCACACAAGAGAUGGCCGCUGUCGAGCGCAAGAGGCCGAGUCUGCUCACCGGCCCGAACAAUCGAACCUUCGACUCGAGCGGCGACUCCGAGAUCUACGGCGAGAUGACGGAGGAGGACGCCCUGGACGAGCAGCAACUCAUGGGCCUCUCAGGCGAUCACAGGAGCGGCGCCGAUCUCGACGAGGCUCGACUCGACUACGAUCUGCUCAAGGAGAAGAUCGAGAUGAACGACGUCUACCGUCCGAUCAGCAUCUUGGAGGACAAGCUGCGCAUCGCCGGCGCAGCUUACAACAACGGCAACGACAAGAGCAGCAGCUUGGACGAGACGGGGACGGCGACGAGCGACGAGCAGCUUCUGGAAAAGCUCUUCAAGCUGGCCUCGCAGUACAACGAGGUGCUCAUCAAAGAGCUCAAGACCAUUUUCUAAAGCUCGCCGCUAUCUAGCUAUGUUAUAAUUAUAAAAAAAUAUC